AUGCGCCGGAUAGACUCCCUUAAUAUCGAGGCCGGAAAAGUUUCCACUUAUGAUGGGUUUCAUCGAGCAAAGCAUAGUUGGAAGACCACGUUGAGUUUAGCAAUACAAAGCGUGGGGGUUGUGUAUGGGGACAUUGGGACUUCUCCACUCUAUGUGUACUCGAGCACUUUCCCAAAUGGUAUUAAAGAAAAGGAUGACAUUCUAGGGGUGUUGUCUAUCAUCAUAUAUACCAUUUUCUUCGUGCCUAUGCUGAAGUAUGUCUUCAUCGUCUUGCAGGCGAAUGACAAUGGGGAAGGUGGAACAUUUGCAAUGUAUUCUUUGAUCUGCCGGCAUGCAAAAGUGAGCUUAAUUCCUAAUAACCAGCCAGAGGAUACGGAGCUAUCCAAUUACAAACUGGACACCCCCUCGAGCGAGUUGAAACGUUCCCAAGCGAUCAAGAAGAAGCUGGAGACAAGUAGACUUGCCCAGUAUGUUCUUUUUGUAAUCACCAUUACCGGAACGUCCAUGGUAAUCGGAGAUGGUGUUCUUACUCCAUGCAUUUCCGUUCUUUCAGCGGUGAGCGGAUUGCAGCAGAGCGGGAUCAAGUCACUAGACCAAAGUGCUAUUGUGUGGAUUUCAGUAGCAAUCUUGAUCCUUCUUUUUGUCGUUCAACAAUUUGGGACUGAUAAAGUGGGCUUCACAUUUGCUCCUAUAAUCUUGUUGUGGUUUUUGUUCUUGACUGGGAUUGGAAUUUACAACUUGAUCAAAUACGAUAUUACUGUAUUGAAAGCUUUCAAUCCAUGGUACAUCGUGAAAUAUUUCCAAAGAAAUGGAAAAGCUGCUUGGAUUUCCCUUGGGGGAGCAGUUCUCUGCAUCACCGGGACUGAAGCCAUGUUUGCUGAUCUGGGUCACUUCAGUGUGCGAGCAAUCCAAGUCAGUUUUACUUUUUUCACAUUUCCCACUAUACUCUUCGCGUAUCUUGGGCAAUCGGCAUACCUCACCAAGAACCCAGGAGAUGUGGCCACCACUUUCUACGCCUCAAUACCAAAACCUUUGUACUGGCCAACAUUCGUUGUAGCCGUACUUGCUGCCAUCAUUGCCAGCCAAGCUUUGAUUACCGGAACAUUCUCAAUCAUUGCACAGUCCUUAGGCAUGGGUUGCUUCCCUAGAGUCAAGAUUGUCCACACCUCUGAAAAGAACCAGGGCCAAGUCUAUAUUCCUGAGAUCAACUACAUGCUUAUGAUAGCCUGCGUGCUCAUCACCUUCUUUUUCAGAACCACUGAGCAAAUUGGCAAUGCUUAUGGAAUCGCGGUGGUCAGUGUUAUGUGUAUCACAACGUGUAUGAUCACCCUAAUCAUGUUAGUCAUAUGGAAGACCAGCAUCUUUCUGAUUGCCAUCUUCUUCCUGGUGUUCAUUUCAAUCGAAGGGAUUUACUUAUCUUCGGUCCUGUUCAAAUUCGUGGAAGGCGGUUACCUUCCUUUGUUCUUCGCUGCCGUUCUCAUGGUGAUUAUGGCAACUUGGCAUUACGUGCACAAACAAAGUUACAUGUUUGAGGUCAAGAACAAGGUCUCUACCGAAUACGUGAAGCAAUUGGCCUUAAACCCCGACGUACAUCGCAUCCCUGGAAUGGGGUUUUUGUAUUCGGAUCUCGUUCAAGGCGUUCCUCCCAUAUUUUCUCACUUUGUUUCCAACAUACCUUCAGUACACUCGGUUGUGGUUAUAGUGACCAUCAAGCCGCUCCCGGUGAGCAAAGUUCUACCGGAGGAGAGGUUUGUUUUUCGACAGUUGGAACCGAAGGAAUACAGAAUGUUCCGUUGCGUGGCUCGGUAUGGCUACAAUGACUUGGUAGAGGGACCGGGAGAGUUCGAGCAGAUGCUGGUGGACAAUCUGAAGGAGUUCAUUAGAAAUAAACAUGUGAUGAGCGAAGGGAAUUCGAAAAACAGUUAUGAGGAGGAAAUACAGUUCAUACAAGAGGCAAUGGACAAAGGGGUUGUGUAUCUGAUGGGAGAGGCACAAGUAGUGGCAGAAGAGAAGUCGAGUUGGUUCAAGAAAAUUGUGAUCAACUACUUCUACGAUUUCUUGAGGAAAAACUCGAGGCAAAGUGGCAAAAUCAUGUCAAUCCCACGAAGCAAGCUUCUUAUGGUUGGAAUGACCUAUGACAUAUAA